UAACGGCUGCAGUGACUCUGAAAAAAACAAAGGAUAAAAAUGAAGGAUUGCUGCUUCUGAACCACACUGUACCGAUGCUGAAGAAGCUGGGUGUCCCUGUUAGCGCUGCACUGACGGUGGAGUCAGGGAGUCACGGCAAUGAUUCCUACUAUUACCUUUUACAAAGCAGAGCCGGGAAUCAACAGUUAUAUCAAGAGAUGACAGUGUCAAAGAUGUCAGAAACUGUGAGAGUGCAGAGUGGCUUCAGACAUGCAAUCGACCAUCUGAGGAAACUGGGAGUCCCUGCAAACAGCAGCGUUCAGGUAGAGCUGGAUUCUGCUGAGGGUAAGACCCUGACCCUGCAGUCCCAGUUUGGAGGUGACCAGGCAGGACUGAGCCUAAAGAUGAAAUAUUCACCCACGAACAAAGAGAUGAGAGGAACCCUGUGGCACAGCUGGUCGUGGCUGCAGGACCGAGGAGUGCCUUAUAUGACCGAGGGCCUGUGUUCCGUCCAGGGGUUUCCCUCACAGCUUCAGUCCAAGGCUCUGCUCUCCGUGGACCGACACCAGCUGCUCGUCUCCAGCCUGAACGUCACCGUAUCCGAAUGGCGCCUGCCGCGGUCGUCUCCUACUCACCACCGGGCCCAUCCAUCACAAGCACAUCACAGACUGGACACGGCCCUGAGCGCAUCAGUUCAAAGACUGAAGGCAAUUUACAGAAACCAACAGAAUCCUCCAGGAGCCAACACUAGUGAGAGGGACAGUGGAGGGAAAAAGUCCCUUAACAGCAGAAACCUGGAGCAGAACCAGACAGAGGAAGAUGGACGAGUGACAGGAGGAGAGAGGGUUAAAAAGAGAGUGAAGGAGAGAAAAGAGGGUCGAAGCGUGGGAAGACUCACGGAGUCACAGCUCAAAUGCUCUAUGGCCGUGAACCCUGAACUCAGCUCCUCACUGGCUCUCAUCGUCCAGGGGACAUCACCUCCUGACAGCAAGGACCUGAUGGUGAAAGUUGUGCAGAAUAUCCCCAGGAUGCUGACAUACCUGCCGUCCCAGCUCAAUGUCCACUCUCAGCUGAACCAGACUCAGUCCAGCGUUUCGGGUUUGGCGGAGGUGUUGUCAGGCAGGAGGCGACUGUUGGCUCUCGGGGAACUGGCAGUGAUUGAGAGCGGUUACCGCCAGGCCCUCGAGCUGAAACAUUCAUAUCCACAGUUCAAGCCGUUCCCCAGGACGGUGGCUUUGAGGACUGUGUACGAAGCCAGAAACUGGAGCUAUCAAGUCCAGCACGGAGCUGUGUGGGGGAACCAGGAGGUCAACGUCAACGCCCUGUUCUCAUCACCUCCAGCCCUGGAGAUGGGAAACCAGAGCCUGCAGGUUCAGAUCAGCUCGGUUCCCCGUUGGACCAGUUUGGAUGUCACACUGGAGCGGUCCUUACAGGGCAGACUGGACAGGAUUUUACUGGACUGGACCAGACAUGGUCGCCUGGAGCAGGUCAGCGCUGUCAGUCUGUGGAGGCAAUCAGAGGACAUGAACGAGACCAGAGUGGAGCUGAAGCAGCCCUUUUCCUCCACACUGAGCCACAUGUCUCUGCAUACCAUCUCAUCCAGCUCACAGAGACAACAGUCGACCAACCACCAGACUCAUCUGUCAUGGGAUAGUGCAGUGCCAGUAAAUGUUUCUCUCACACUGAACAAACAAUGGCAGGAAAACACCAGCAGGGGGCAGGCAUGCGCUCUGUUCUCAUCCCCACAGACGGUCGUGUCUUCUGUUAAAGGUUGCAUGUCAGUGGUUCAAGAGGGAAAUUCGUAUUCACAACAUGCAGAGCUGAGAUGGGACAACAGGAGCAUCAAACAAGGCAUGAAGUAUCAGAAAGGUCUGCGUGGAAUGCAUAGCCUCCAAGUAAAUGUCUGGCUGGACAAAGUGUCUCCUGCACCUUGUCCUUCACACACUGUCCUGGCCAAAAUCCAGACCAACCUCAGGGACCGUUUGGAACACACAGUCCAGCUGGGCCUGUGUCCUCCUCAGCCUGUGAGUCCACUUACAUCUGUGUAGAGAAG